GCAGCUUCCAAGUUCCAAGCUCGAAGGAGCUGAGCAAUGCAUGCCGCGGUGCGUACAAUUGCGGCAGACUCUAGCUCUUGUCUCCUAGAGAGAGGGCCCAGGGGGACCACUUUUGGUUCACCCACGACUUGAAGCUUUGCCCCCGAAAGAGAGCCCACUUCAUGGCGUCAAAAUCCAGCAUCAAUAAUUGGUGGAAAGAGUUGCUAGCACUAGAGAAGGAAAGAGGAGGACCACAAGACCAGGGCUUCUGGGCUUGCAUGCUGUAAGAAGCACCUGAAGUGAAAAGCGGGAGCCCCGAUCAAUGCAACCAAGGCGCACAGUGCCCAUAAUCACAGUCGGACAGCUGCAUAAGUACCCUUGCCAUAACCAGUUCUCCCUAGAAUCAUAUUAGAACGGCAAUGACCGGAGUGUUCUUCGUCUCCAAUAGCAACCCUUUUUAGAGUGCGGUUUCCACGUAGCCAGCCCACAUUACGCCCCAUCAAUUGGAGCACUUUAACACCGUCAGGUCCAUAGCUGCUCUGGUGUGAAACAGACCCCUUUUACGCUAGAACCUUGGACAGAAGGCUCCCCUGGGUUGCCCUCAACCGGGGCGCAUUCACACCCACGGGCACCGUGGAGAGGUCGGUGCGAAUCGGCCCUAGGCCGCACUCCCCCCUGCGGAAGCGAGGUGUGAAAGAGGGGGGUAGCCCCAGCAGGAAAUUUGCCACCAAGCGAUCCCCCAAGAAAGUGAAGAAGGACAAACCGAAGAUGUCAAGUUUCCAGCGGUUGGACCUGGCGCCGCUCUCUCCUGAGAGACCCUUCCAGAGGCCAGUGAUGUCGCGCGACGAACCGCAAUCGGCGCCGUCUGAUCUGGCGAUGCUGGACGGUCAGUUGCAUCUGGAGGGAUGGGGACCGGUCCACGUGGCGCUGACGGAUGAUGCCAUCAUCUGGGAGCGGGACAAGCGGGGCAAGAGCAGCAAGAAGGGCCCCGGCGUGUCGUUGAACUGCUUCCCGAAGUCGGAGCGAUCGCGUGGUCAGAAGAGCCUGCCGCUGAACAACGUGUUUGCCGUUGAGAUUGCGGGGCCCGGCUCGAUCGCCGCGCACUCGCGGCUGACCGGGAAGGUGGACAAGAUCUGCGGACUGGCGCCGCAAUUGAACAGAUCGGACGAUGGAGGACAGGUCCGUCUGAGAGCCGCGGCAGAUGCCGACCCGUUUCCAGGCCAGUUUAUUGUGCACACGUUCCGAAAGAUGAAGGACAGCUCCGUCUGGGAGCCGCGGCAGCGGGUUUUCGGCCAUGCCGAGGUGGAGGUCUGCAACGCGUGGGUGACUAAGAUCCAGGCGGCUCUCAGCGCGGACGUCAAACGGCCCAAGUCUUUGCUGGUUUUGGUCAACCCCUUUGGCGGCAAGCGCCAGGCCGUUCAAACCUGGGAGCGCAUUGCCCCGUUGUUUGCUCUCGCGGGCGCGAAAUGCGAAGUCGUCAAGACCAAGUCCGUCGGGCACGCGUUCAAUUUGAUGGACCAAGCGUCAGAUGGCGAGCUCCAAUCAUGGGACGGAAUCGUUGUGGUUGGGGGAGACGGUUUGUUUAACGAGGUUCUUAACGGGUUGCUCAUCGGGCGGCACUGCGCGCCCCCGCCCGUCGUGCCGCAACGGAGCGUUUCGGCGGAGGAAGGGGGGGAGGCCAAGAGUGCAGCAGAGCAGGGUACCAAGAAGAGUGGCUACCAGCAGCUCCGCCCCACCACCUCCGGCGUUCCUCCGGUAGUAUCCACCGAGGCAACCCCCGACCCCGUUCCCGGCCCAAACCGCCCUGAAGUGCACCGCUCCUCGAGUCACGUCCGGCAUGGGCACCGUCGUGCCAACUCGUCGGGGGUUGUUAUCCCGACCAGUUUCGACGCCGAGGAUCCGCUUCUUGCGCCCGGGAUGCUGAGCCUGGCGUCUGUGACUGUGGAUAAGAAUCGGGCCGUCGUCUCGGUCACCGCAACCAUUGGCAUCCGCAACCCCGACGCCCAGUCUGCCGGCGGCGAGGCCUUCUCCGACGCAUCUCCCGCCACCGCUUCCGCUACCGCAACCGUAACCGCUGAAGUUCUCGACUACGAAAUGCAAGCUUCCACUCCGGACGGUAAAGCUGGUGAUGGCGGCAAGGAUAAGGCCAGGGUUAGCAUUGACGGCCCGGUUACGUCUAACCUCCUCGGAACCCUCCCCCCCGACCACCCCGCCGCGGCCGCGGCCAUUGCGGCGGCGGCGCGAGCGGCCGAGGCCGCCGCGAUCGCCGCGGCCCGUUCGCGUGCUUCGUCGCCGUUCUCGCCAGCGGUUACGUCGUAUGGUGUUAACCCGGAACCGCUAACCCUCCCGGCGGCGCUAACCCCGGUCCAAACCCAAACGGAAACCCUGGAGGCGCCAAAGGAGCCGGUUCCGCCGCCGAGCCUCAACACACCGGUUGGGAUUGAGCCGUUGCAAAUACCGAGUCCCACUAACCCGAUGGUUACUGCAGCCGUCGGGCCCUUCAACCCGAGCAAGUUACCGACGAUCCAUUCCGGGUUUGUGACGGAGGACGCUUUGCAGAGUGCGGCGAGAUUGGGACUGAACGAAGCGACCACGAUUUUGACGCCGAGAGGGGGGUCGGCUGUGCUGGAAAGAUUUGAGGAAGGAACGGCAGAAGCGGUGGAGCGGCAAGAGGCGUCGAUCAUCGAGGGAAUUCUGCCGCCAGGAGCGCUUCAGAAGUGGCCGUUGGUGGGGAAGAAGAUCAGGAUCGGGUUGAUUCCGGCAGGCUCAACUGACACAGUCGCAGUCUCCACCAACGGCGCGCGCGAUCCCAUCACUGCCGCUCUGCACAUCCUUCUCGGCGACCGCUUACCGCUGGACGUGGUGCGCGUGACGGCCUGGGACUAUCAGCACGAGGGAGGGCGUCCCGACCCCGACCAUGUCGAGAUGGCCAACUACGGGCGGGCUCCCAGUGAACAGCACCGGGGGAGGGGCUCGGGGCAUCUGCACACGGAGCACGAGGACCCGCGGCGGCCACACGUGCGCUACGCAGCGUCGUUUGCGGGGUACGGCUUCUAUGGUGACGUCAUGCGGGAGAGUGAGCUGUAUCGGUGGAUGGGCCCCGCGCGCUACGACUACGCAGGCCUGCGCACAUUCCUCCGGCACAGGACGUACGAGGCGGAGAUCACGUAUCUAGAGCGGGGGAAAACGUUCGAUCCGUCCGGAACCACCAGCAAGCCGGGGCACCGCAGAAGCAACAGCCGCGUGGUGUGCCGGGUUGCCUGCCACGUGUGCUCCAAAGCGGGGGACGAGGAACGAGAAGCGGAAGCGGUUGGCACGACGGAUUUGGUGGGCGAGUAUAAGCCCAAGGCGCUAUGGCGGACCCUGCGGGGCGAGUACCACAGCGUGGCUGGGGCCGUGAUGGCGUGCCGCAACGACAAGGCGCCAGAUGGCAUCUCGACAUUCGCCCAUUUGUCGGACGGGCGCAUGGACCUGAUUCUCAUCAAGGACUGCUCGCGCCUCGAGUACUUGCGUCAGUUGAUCCGGCUCGCGCGCAAGGGAGCUGAUCCGUUUGACCUGCCCUUUGUUGAGACGCACAAGACCUCCCAGUUCCAUUUCCGGUCGCUCGGCCAGCAGAGCACAUGGAACGUGGACGGGGAGCUCCUGAAAGCGCGCGAGUUGUCCGCGCAAGUGUUCCGAGGCCUUGUCGACAUCUUUGCGCGCGGGCCCGAAGCCUGAAAGCCCAGCAUACGUCCGUUUCCGUAGUCAUUAAUGGGGCCUUGCAUCAAGCGGGCGCUGAGUAGAUGAGUGGGUGGGGCGCGCUCCAUGUAUCUUAUGAGCUAUUGAUGACGUCAAAUUUUCUUUGAGCGAUCAGGGCGCAUGCGGUUGUUAGUAACACGCGUGUCUUUGUUCGUGGUUUGCUUAUAUAAGCGAAGCUGUGCUGACAUACAUGUAAAGAAGUCAAGGUGUUGCAGACUAGAAUGGAAGCAUUGCAUAAACAUAUACGUGUUCGAGAUCAUUGUAGGACGAUUGUUCCUGGACUGAAGAGUUUGCACUUGAUCCUUCGCCCAACACCAAGUGUUCGUCUGUAGUGCACC